AUGUAUCUAGGUAGAACCGAAUUAUCGCGAGCAAGACAAAGCGAGAUAGAUGCAAUCAGCGAUCUAACAGAUACUCUUAAAGAGAGAGACAGGCUUAAAUGCAAGUUAGAAGAAAAUAAGAUGAGGAUAAUCGAUUUAGAGAUAGAGUUAAAUGAGUCAUCGCUUAUACUUUCGGAAAUCCUAAAAAUAUCAGAUAGCCAAGACUUGAAUAACUUAAAAAAGAGUAAGAGUUUCUUUGAAUUGCAAAAGAGUGGUAAGGUAGUGGAUAGGCUCGAUAAAUGCAAAUUUAGUAGGAGUUACAAUGACUUGCAUACGGGAGACAGGAGUAUGGUAAAUGUACAGAAGCUAACACGAAAGAUAACAGAUUUGACGAAGGAAAUCGAAAUAAAGAAUUCAAAGAUUAUUGAACAGCAGAAAUGUAUUUCGAUAUUGGAAGAUGCGUUAAGAGAGAACAAUAAUAUAGCUGAAUUCGAACAACUUUUAGCUGUUGUAAGAAGUAAAGAUGAACGCAUUGAUGAAUUAGAACAUAUAUUAAAUAAUAAAUCUGGUGCUGGAAAGAAAUUAUAUAAAGAAAAAAGAAUAUUAGAAUUGGAAGAAGCACUUAAAGAGUCCUUUUUGAUUGCGACGGAAAGAGAGAAGGUAUUCUAUGAAGAAGAAAAAAGGAGGAUCGAAGCGAUAAAUAUGAUGAAGAAAAUGGAACAAAGGAUUCGCUCGCUGCAAAACGCUUCAGUGCUGAAUUGUGAAACCUGUUCAAUGCUAACAAAGCGCUUGAAGCUGCUAGAAGGUUUACUGCAAAGCUGCAAAAUGAAACGGGAAGCAAUGCUACGCCAUUGGUCACGUGUCGUGCAAGAUCUUUUGGAAGGUGCCAUUAGUGAAAAAGAUACUCAAAUUGCUGAAUUGGAAAUUAAAGGCGUUCUAGAUGAAAACGAGACAAAAGCAUGCGAUAUAUUAAAGAGUGAGAGAGAUAGAAUGCUGAACAGAUUAAAAAUGGAAAACGAAGCGUUGCUACAAUUCGAAUAUGAAACCGAAUUACCUCAAGACGAGAGUUCCUUGCCGACGACCGUCGACGAUGUGUUAGCGGCCUGUGAAGAUAAUCAAGUAAUUGUCUGGGAGGAGGACAUCCCCGCCACUGUGCUGUGACGUCUUAAAGCUAAGUCUUAUCUGUGUUGUGGCCUAAUACCAUCGCACUUGUCAUCUCAUCCGCUACUUUACCAAUCAUCGCUUUUCACCAGCCUAAUUGCCAAUAUUCCUAAACCAAAGAUUGUGAAGGAAUACAUUUUCCAUCCUUGUAGUCUAUGUAUGACUCAAAACCAUUGACAGUUCAAUUUUGGGGGGAACGUAGAUGUCAAUUUUGACAGCUGUCAGAAAUGUUGUUUUUUUUUUUAUUCGUAAUUAAAUUUGUUUUUCUCUGUUUUAUUGAAUUGUUUUUAUUUAUUCUCACACGAUACGACACGGAACCAUUUUGAGUGAUACAAAAUAAUAUUUUUUUAAACGAAAUUGAUUGAUAUUUAGUGGAGAUUAUUUAUCCUAUUUAUAUACCCUAUUAUAGCACUUGUUAAAAGUUGUAUACAUGUAAAGCAAUAAAUUAACCUCUGCUCGUCUUAGAUUAUUCAUAUUGGUGUCUAUUUUUUAACUAGUAAAGUCUUCUACUGAUGCUGAUAAUGAAUUGUUAUAAAACUAAUAUUAAUCCUAUGAUAAUACUUGAUGCUUAGUUAUAUUUCAUUUUAAGCACUAUCUCGAUAAAAAUGUUAAUGUAAAACAAUAAUAUGAUACUCUUAUUUAAAAUAUUCAUUUAAACGUGGAAAAUACUGAGAUGCACGGUUUUGAAAAACAGUUAAAAUAAUACUUUAGAAUUAUUUUUGAAAUUACAUAUCAUGCACAAAGUUUGAAAGCCUUUGGGCAUAUCAUUAUGUUACGUAGCUUGAAAUGUAGAAUUGGUAUUAAAGACAAUGCUUAACGAAUCAAUAAAGCACUGCCUUAUGUAAUAAGAGUUUCCUUUCGAUUGAGAGCCUACGUUAGGGACGUUAAGCCUAAGCUUAGGGACGUCUGUUCGCCUCGGGUGUACGAAACAGAGUGACGUAUGCGGUAACUUGCAUCCUGUAUGGCAGCUAUUUUCAACUACCCACAGUAUUUAUAAUGUGAAAUUGUGAGCUUUUUAUAUUUUUUACAACCGUCUUGCAAGUGUGAUAGGCGUGUAGACAAUCCAAUUUGUGAAUAUAAUUUAUUACAUGUAUAUGUAUGAAUGGUACUUGUACAUUACGUUGACUUCGUUAGACAUGUUUGUUGUUUUAUGAAAGUUUUAUCCGUUGUUCUGAUACUUGAAUUAUUUAUCCACGUUACAGUUCAUAAAUUGGAUAUUCUGUACAAAAUAAGUGACAUAAAAUUAUGUUUAUCCGAAGACAAUGGUCGCUUCAACAUGGAAAUAAUUUAUUUACUCCUUUUACGAUGUUAAUUGAAUUUGUUACGGGUCCAAAAGGCCAUUGUCUGUUAUUUUACUGUCAAUUUUUAUUGUUCUUCAAUAUCAGAUCCAUAGAGAAUUCCUCGGGCAUAAAGUCGAGGUAUUUAUUACAUUGCUAAUGUAGUGUGUAUCUAUGAUAGAUGAGGUUAGAAAAGCUGCAAUGUGUUGUUGAUUUCUAAAUCGAAUAAUUAUGUUCCAAUAAAUACAGAUAACUAAUAAAUUAUUAUAAUUAAGUUUUUGCAUUGUUAUUAGGUACAAUGGAAACAUUUUUAACGGGUUAAAACUUGGAUUAUAGUUAUAUUAUAAUGCUGAUUACUAGAGUUGUGAGAAUAAUUUUUUCACCUCUUUUGAUUUAACUUUUUUUUCAGUCUAUUACAGAUAUAAAACCUUUGUUUUCUAUGUCAAUAAGUUUCAACAGCAUUAUUUUAGUUUAAUUAUAAAUAUGUUUUCCUCUUGUUUUAUUUAAUUACGAAGUUAUUAGCAUUAUAAUGUAACAAGCUCUACUCAACUAGACUUUGCAGCUAUAAUUUUGUAUUGAUAAAUUGUAGGUGAAUUAUAUUAUCACAAUAAUAAUAUUAGUUAAUUGUUAUAAUGGUAUGACGUUCGUAUUGUUUCACACGUUGUAUUGACCGAUAUGCUAAUAUAAGGAUAAAUGUUCUUUGAAAUAUAAUAUCUUCGUAUAAUAUGA